AUGAGCAACUACACAGGAGUCACAGAAUUUCCCCUUCUGGGAUUCUCUGAGGACCUGAGGAUGCAAAAUAUUAUUGGAUCCCUGUACCUUGUGGCUUACCUAGCAGCCCUGAUAGGUAAUGGACUCAUAAUCAUAGUCAUUACGUCGGACCCUCAACUUCACACACCAAUAUAUUUCUUCCAGAAGAACUUGUCACUCAUAGAUCUCUGCUACAUCUCUGUCACUGUUCCUAAAUUUGGUCUCUACCUGAUGAACAAGAACAAAAUAUCCUAUCUUGGAUCUGUUUUCCAGGUGCUGUUCUUUGCAGGUUUUGGUGCUGCUGCAUUUGCCAUCCUCACAGUGAUGUCCUAUGACCGCCAUGUGGCGAUCUGCCGCCCGCUGCACUAUGAGACCGUUAUGACCAAGGAGGCCUGUGGUCGGAUAGUGGUGGCUUCAUAUGUCAGUGCAUUGGUUUAUGGAGCCAUGCAUGCUUCAGCGAUGUUUUCGACAAAUUUCAGUUCCAAUAAAAUCCAUCAUUUCUUCUUUUAUAUCUCUCAGAUUAUUUUCACCUCAAAUCCUAAAAUGAACAUAGAUGAAGCAUCAGUGACAUUAAUAGCUGCAAUUAUGACCAUAAUGUGCUUCACCUCCAUUUCAUAUUCCUAUGUCAACAUCUUCUCUGCUGUCCUGAAGAUCUCCUCCAAGGAGGGAAGGUCCAAAACCCUGUCCACAUGCAUCCCUCAUCUGGCGGUUGUGUCAUUGUUCACUUUCACAGCUGCCUUGGCCUACUUGAAGCCGGCCUCCCCCUCUCAGACCAUCCUGGACCUCCUUUUGUCUGUUUCUUAUACUGUGUUGUCUCCAAUCAUGAACCCCGUCAUAUGCAGCCUGAGAAAUAAGGAUAUGAAUGCAGCUCUGGAAAGAGUCCUGAUUAAAGAAGUAAAGAAAAUAUUUUAA